AUGGCCCCGAGGAGAACGCAGCAGGUGGGGGCAGGGAGGCCGUCCACGGAGCAAGCCUACAUCUCCAAGGUGGUUCUGCUGGGGAGCACGGCCAUGGGAAAAUCAAGCACAGCCUUCCGCUAUGUGAAAAAUGACAUCAGGGAAUCCAUGACCACUCCCGUGAACUACGACCUCACCAAGAACUACCUGGACCUGGUGGUGACCCACACGUCUGUCAUCCUGUUGCUGUCAGGUAUCGAGGACCGCAAAGCCCUGACUGGGAUGUACAACUCUGCCCAUGAGAUGACCCAGGGCAGCGGCGACCCCUGCUACGCUCGGCUGGCCCAGAUGGUGCUGGAGUAUGACACCCCACUCAAGGAACUCACAGAGGAGUUCGGGCCUCACACCAAGGCCGUGACCAGUGCACUUCUGUCUCUCCAUUUCCUCUUUGUCCGGAGGAACCAGUCAGCCAAGCAGUGGCGCAGCGACCAGCUCCUGAGCCUGAUCAGCAACUCGGCCACCAUGCUGAGCCCGGCCAGCUCGGAUGUCACGGCCUGCGAGUACCUGUCGCUGGAGGUGAUUGAGCGCUGGAUACUGAUUGGCUUCCUCCUGUGCCACGGCUGCCUGAGCUCGAACCCGCAGUGCCUGGAGCUGUGGAAGCUGGGCCUGCAGGGCUCGCUCUACAUCAGCCUCAUCCGUGACGACGCCCUGCAACUCCACAGGGUCACCGAGGAGUUCUUCGGCCGUCUGAAAGGGUAUGGGAAGCGGGUGGCCGAUGUCAAGGAGUGCAAGGAGCAUGCUGUGACGCACAGUGGCCAGUUGCACUGAAACCAGCGGGCUUUCCUGCGCAACGCAGUGCAGGAGCUGGAGGCGCUGCUGAGCGACCAGCCAGGGCUGCUGGGCCCCAAAGCUCUCUGCGUCUUCGUGGCGCUCUCCUUGUGCCGCGACGAGGUGAACUGGCUGGUGCGUCACGCUGAGCAUGUCACCAAGACCAAGACCCCUGAGGACUACGCUGGCAGUCACAUCGCUGAGCUGCUAUUCCUCACGGAGCAGCUGCAUACCCGGGUGCACAGGCAUGGCCCAGUGAUCCAGCGCCACCACGUCCAGUACCUGGCUCGCUUUGACGCCCUGCUGCUCAGCGAUAUCAUCCAGAAUCUGACCGUCUGCCCUGAGGAGGAGUCCAUCAUCAUGUCAUCCUUCGUCAGCACCCUGUCAUCUCUCACCUUGAAACAAGUGGACAAAAAGGAGAAGUUCGACUUCUCAGGGCUUCGCCUGGAUUGGUUCCGGCUGCAGCUCAGGGGCCAGUGCUGGGCCCGCCUCAACCCCAUCAGUGCCUCAGUUUCCCCGUCGCACCAUUUGGUGCGGGAGAGGAUCUACUACCCUCGGAGCCAUGGUGUGAGUUUCUACAUCCGCCCCUUCGAGAAGCUGUUUGCUCUGACCAUGGAGGAGCCGGCCAUGCUGCGCUUCACCAUUGUCUUCCCGCUCGUCUGCAGCCACUUUGCCCACUGCACCCACCCCAUGUGUCCAGAGGAAUAUCCUCACCUGAAGAGCUGCAGCCUGGGUCUAUGCAACAGCUUCCUGGAAGAGAUCGCCAAGCAGGCUGCCAACUGCAUCAUGGACACAUGUGCCGAGCAGCGCAAACUCAGUGAGCAGCUGCUACCCAAACAUUGCGCCUCCACCAUCAGCAAGGCCCAGAACAAGAAGGCCCAGAAGCAGCCCCGCAACAAGGGGGAGCCGAAGCGGGACAAGCCAGGGGCUGAGAGCCAGAGGAAGGACCGGAUUCUGGUGAGCAACAUGGACAAGCUGCACCAGGUGCUGAGCGAGCUCUCCCUGAGCAUCAACCACGUCCCCAGCUUCACCGUGUUCGAACACACGGUCACACCGGCCGAAUAUCUCAGCAGCCAUGUGGAAACGCAUCUCAAUAGAUCCUUUGUGUGGAUGGCCAGCUACAACCAGGCUACGCAGGAGAUUGCGUGGCCCUCUGAGGUGCUGGCUGGCCUGCACUCCUACCUCGCCUUCAUCCAGUCGCUGAGGCACUUCACAUGCGUGGACUCCAGCUGCAUCAUCCGCAAUGUCCUGCUUCAGCAGACACAACCCCUGGACUCAAGCAGGGAGCAGACCCUCACCACCAUCUACACCAACUGGUACCUGGAGAUGCUGCUGCGCCAGGCCAGCACUGGGGCCAUUGUGCUGUCCAGGGCCGCUGCUGACCAUGUGCUGAAAAGAAUGACCAUCAUCGGGGAGAUCCUGAGCUUCCGCUCCAUGGCACAGAGUGGGCUUCGUGAGGUCUUCUCCAACCGCUACCCGUUCCUGAUGGGCCCCAUCGAGUGCCUGAAGGACUUUGUCACCCCAGACACGGAAAUAAAGGUCACCUUGAGCAUCUUUGAGCUGGCCACGGCUGCCGGGAUCCCAUGCAACAUUGACUCAGCCCUGGUGACUGCACUUUCCAACCUGAAGACCGCGCACAUCAACGACGGGUUUUUCCGGCUGUUUACUGCCUUUGGCUGA